ACCGGUUUCUUCAUCGCGGUUUCGGUUCUGGCCAACGUGGUGGAGACGGUACCGUGCGGUACCGCACCGAACCGCGUGAGGGAGGCAUCGUGCGGUGAGCGGUUCGCGGUGGCGUUUUUCUGCCUGGACACGGCGUGCGUGAUGAUCUUCACGGUGGAGUACCUGCUGAGGCUGCUGGCGGCGCCGAGCCGGUACAGGUUCGUGAAGAGCGUGAUGAGCAUCAUCGACGUGGUCGCCAUCAUGCCGUACUACAUCGGUCUGGUCAUGACGGACAACGAGGACGUGAGCGGCGCCUUCGUCACGCUCCGGGUCUUCAGGGUGUUUCGGAUCUUCAAGUUCUCGCGGCACUCGGCCGGGCUCCGGAUCCUGGGCUACACGCUGAAGAGCUGCGCCUCGGAGCUGGGCUUCCUGCUCUUCUCGCUCACCAUGGCCAUCAUCAUCUUCGCCACCGUCAUGUUCUACGCCGAGAAGGGCUCCGCCGCCAGCAAGUUCACCUCCAUCCCCGCCGCCUUCUGGUACACCAUCGUCACCAUGACGACGCUGGGGUACGGCGACAUGGUCCCGAAGACGAUCAUGGGGAAGAUCUUCGGCUCGGUGUGUUCUCUCAGCGGCGUGCUCGUCAUCGCUCUGCCGGUUCCCGUCAUCGUCUCCAACUUCAGCCGGAUCUACCACCAGAGCCAGCGGGCGGAGAAGAGGCGAGCGCAGAAGAAAACCAGGCUUGCUAGAAUUCUCGCGGUGAAGAGCGGAGGAGCUAACGCUUAUUUGCAGUACAAACAGAGCCAGCUGCUGAUCGACCUCGACGACGAGGCGUCUAAGGAAGCCGGACAGGCGCUGGUGUGUAAAACUAACCCCAACUUUGAGGUGCACCAUCAUUACCUUCUGCACUGUCUGGAGAAGACCACGAACCAUGAGUUUGUGGAUGAGAAAACGUACGAGUCGAGCUGCAGGGAUAUACCUCUGCUGAAGCAGGUGUCUCGCUCUUCCUCCAUGUCCUCCUCUUCUUCAUCUCAUGGCUUCACUUCAUGCUGCACCCGCAGGAAGAGGAAGACCUUCAACGUCCCCAACUCCAACAUGGCUGUAGGUCAGCAGGGCAGCAUCCAGGAGCUGAGCACCAUCCAGAUCAGAGAGAGACCAAUCACCAACAGUCGUUCCAGUCGAUCCAGUCUGAACGCCAAAUUUGAGGAGACGGUUCCUCUGAACUGUGACCAGCCGUACAUCACUGCCGCUGUGAUCAGCAUGCCCACACCGCCCGGCACCACGCCUGAAGGCGACAACUCAUCCAGCUCCACCAGUUACUCCCAGGCCAACGUCGUCCGGGUCUCCGCACUCUAGAUGAUCCGAUGAACCCUCCAAACAAAUUAAAACAGAACCCACCCAGCGGGAGGAUGACGGGGGGUCAGGGGUCAGGGGUCCGGGUUUGACGGCCCCAUUUGGAUCGUGUGUUCACGAUGGAGGUGACAGGUUAGCUUGAAGCUCAUAUCUGUGGUGGAGGAAGACGCACUAAAACUCGUCUUGGAUUGCAACUUUUUUCUUUGGUCUUUAAGGAUUUCUAUUCAAACAUCUGAAGAGAAAACUGGUGACUGAUCUCUACCCGAGAAAUCUUUUUCUGAUAUGUAUGUCUUUAAAUUUGAUGUCUUAAAACACAAAGAAAGCUAACGUAGCUUUCUUAAUGCAGGUAAAAGGAACAUUUGACAUUUUGGGAAGGAACCACCAGACCAGAGACAGACCAGAAAACCUCAGACUAGCUUAGCACAAACAAUAUAAGCAAGGGGAAACUGCUAGCCCUGCUCGAGCAACCUUCCAACAACUCCAAGUCUGUCUGAGUUACAAGUUAUCUGUUUAAGAAGACCUAUCAGCUAACUCUGAACUAGCUGGACCUUAAAGAUUCCUCGAUUCAUGGCUUUGUCUUAAACUUUACAAACUGAUAAAGUCAGAUAUCUGUAAUGACCAAUGACCUCUGCUAAACUGCAGCAAGAGAAAAUACAAAGAUGAUAUUUUCUGUCCUUUUAAGCUAACUACAAAAUCUCAUUUCCUGUUUCUGUCAACAUAAAAGAUGUAAAGAUGGUUUCAAAGUUGUUGGAAGGUUGUUUUUAGCAGUUCACCAUCUGUCUCUGUGUCCAUUAGCCCUGAUUCAGAACUGUCGGGUCGUGUUGUGUAUCUCAGUCCUAGACUUCAGAUGAUCCAUGAUGGGAAGAACGUUGAAAACAUGAACUCACUGUGUGGCUGUCAGUCUUCAUGAUGACAUCUGUCUGUGACGGCAGCACUCCUUCCAUUACUCCGUCACAGAGUUUACUAUGCAAACCUUUUAUCCAGCAGCAUUUUCAGACCAACAGUCUGCUGAAAACAUUAUUCGGCAUUAUUAUGAACAGCUCGGCUGCUACCACUGUAACACCGCAUGUACUUAUUAUACUAUCCAAUCCAUCUGAAAAUAUUAUUUCAUGAUUUUUAAGUCGACAAAGCCAAAGAAAAUGAUUUUUAUUCCUGAUAAUGUGGUGAAGACUUUUAAAGAAAAUGUAACUGCACAACAAGCCGAAUAAUAAAAUAUGCAACUUUAAAAGAUGACGAAGUUUUUCAGAAGGACCUAAAGUUUUUUUUUCAAGCUUUAUUUGAUAGAAACAGCUGAAGAGUGGCAGGAAUGUGAGAGAGAGACGGGAUGACAGGUCGGAGUCGAACCCUCGGCUUCCGCAGCACGGACUGAGCCUUCACACACGGAGCGGCUGCUCCACCCUAAACUAUUUCAUAUGUUUUAUUAUUGUUUUGUUUCUUCUUUUUUUUUUUAUAUUCGUAUCAUUUUCUUAUUACGUAUUCAUAUUUGUUUUUUCCAUUUACUCAUUUUGAUUGGACCUGAAGUGAUGAGUUCAGGUGCACCGCAGUGUUACAGUUCUGGAUCAGGGCUACGUAAACUGUUCUUCCCAGAAUGAGGUUGGAGGUUUUUGUGGAGGGAGUUUUAUAUCUGAUGAAGAUGAGGAUGAGGAAACUCUUUGAGCAUGCUCAGUAUCCGUGUGUGUGUUUGAGUGCAUGGAUCAGCGUGUUUCCAUGCGUGUCGGGACGUUCGUCUGCAUGCAGAUCUGGUUGAAUGCGUUCUGGACCCGGUUUGAGCGGUUCGGGUCCAGUCCUGACACUGUAAAUAGUUGUUUUUUUACCUGUCCUUUCUGUCAGAGCUGACUGCCUUCUUCUCUGCUGUACAGAAACAUGAACACAUCUGAACCGCCAUCUUGAAAAACCUGAUGUCAAUUUGUGAUAAGAGCAAAGUUUCGUCUUUCUGUCGCCGUGCUUCAGAUUUAUUUCACGCACGAUGCCUCAUGGUUUUAUUUAUGGCACAAGCUAACGCAACUGAUUUCAGGGAGAUUGGAGGAUGUUUCCAGAAGAUUCCAUCAUCGACAUUAAACUGUACUAACAGCUGCGUCACUAUUUACUGUAACUAUAACUCUUUAAAACCUGUCUCCAGAAAAUCUGAGGCUUUUUUACCCUGCCCUCAAUGAACUUGUGAUUUCACAACAUCGGAUGUCAUGUCUGCUGUUCAGGUACAAAGUUUCAAUCAUUGUUUUUCUUACAUCAUGCCUGACGGACUAACCAAAGGUUAAAAGUUCAAGUUGACUUCCAUCCAGUGAAUUCAUAUUUCAACAUCAAAGAUUUUUGCAAAAGCGUAACACGAAUAUCAUUAUUUUCCUCCUAUGAUGAACUUAGGAAGAAAAACUCUAAUAUAAUAUAAUAAUAUAAUUAUCUGUGAUAUAGAAUAAUUUACUUCUUUGUCCUUUUCGUGAACACGAAGCUCUCGGAGAGUUCAAACGUUCAUACACAUGAACAUUUACAGGCAGCGCUGAUUCAACCAAACUACGAAAUGUAAACGGCGCCCUGUGUUGUUUUAAUAUUAAAGUGAGACGGACGCGUCGUUCUGCCAAUCAAAAGAGUGAAUCAGUGAUACAGCGUAUCUUUGGUCUGUCGUGUUCGCGGUCGUUGUUUAUCAGCAGCUUCUUCUGUAAAUAGCAUUUGCUAGUUAGCUCAUGCUAGCUAACAUAGCGUUAGCUGUAACAGUAUAUAGAAGAAUAGUUUGUCGUUAUGAAGACGAGUAGACACAACUAAUACUCAGACCUCCACUUAAUUAGAAUAUUAAAGUAGAUAAGGUCAUUUUAAGUAUCAUGGUAACGUAGCUGCUAUCACUAAAUUUGAUCUUCCUCACAGUUACAAAUAUCCAGGACAUGGUUAGCCUAGCUUAGCACUAGUUCAUUCAUAGUCCAGCAUGAACCUAAAAACACAAACAGACGAAACCAAUGACAACACAUUUAUUAUAGGUGUUAGCAGGUUCAUGCUAAGCUGGACUAGCACACACAUCUCGUUUUUCUUUGACUGUCAGAGUCGGUACGCUAACAUCGUCUCGUUAACAUCGUCUCGCUAACAUCGUCUCGUUAACAUCGUCUCGUUAACAUGUUUCAGUAUUUCAGGACUUCAGGGCGACACAGUCAAAGACGUAUUCAGGUUCAGUCUGACCUCACCGUGGUCAUGUCUACGCUUCAUUAAACAUUAUUCCUUGAUUAUACGUCAGUGUGCAGCUCGUCUCACUGAUUCAAUAGUUUUGGUGUUUUUGUUGUUGCCUGACAAACUAAAUUAUUUUUGGUAUGAACGUGGUGGAAUUUAAAGAUGUUGUAUCCUUCAGAAACGUCACGUCUGUUUGUUUCGGCGUGCAGUGAACACGGAUGAACUCGUUUCUUAAAGAACUCGACAUGUUCUCGGUGGAUUUUAUGGAUUUUUUCUGGAGUCACCUCGUGGACAUUUGAACUCACGGCUCAAGUCUGUUGGAGAAACAGAAACGUUUGUUCGAUCUGGAUCUGCUGGAUUUUUUGGACAGCUCUGAUGCAAAUAUAUUUGAAAAGGUUUUAACCACUGAUGUCUCGUUUCUCAGCGCUGCAUUUGAAGCAGGUUGAUUUCUUUCUUCAUUUUCUAAGACAAUAAAAGUCUUCAUCACUGCGAGACAUAUGCAACCAACUUCUUUUGGUUUAUUCUCUGUUUGUUUUGUAAAGAUGUUCUGAAGGGGAAAAAAUAUAGAAACAUAUUUUUGGGGAAGAUUUGUUUGAUUCUUGGUUGUAAAAGAAAAGAAGGAUUAUUGUUCUGAUUAUUCUUCUUCUGAUUGUUGCUCAUGCGUUCUGUGCUGUACUCGUUCUUCCUGGUGUAGUAAAUCAUUUGCCAGACUUUCCAGGUGAGGUUGUAGUGUUUUAUGUUCAGUUUAGAUUUGAUAUUUUUCUAAAGCAUGCGUUCGGACCGGUCGUCAUGUCGGAGGGAGGAUGUGAUGUUGUGUAAACUGAGGAUGAUAUUAUUGAUUUGUUCCAGCUUGUGUUAUUGAUAAGAUGAUAUGAAUUAUUGAGGAUAAUAUUAAAAAAGAGAAGCUUCCAUGGUUUUAGUCCAGUGCAGUGUCUGAAUAGAAUAAAACAUUGUCCUAUUGAAACACUCCAA